AUGGAGGCCACCUGCAGGGCGAGGCCCGCCACUCCGCGCGGCGCGCGGAGCACAGCCUCGAUGCCGCGCGACGGGGCGGCGGAAGGCCCCUCAGGCUCUGGCGCGGAGCCGCCCGCGCCUUGCGCGUUGAGCCGCCCAGCACGCGACCGGCGGUCCAGCCUCAGCUCGGCUGAGAUGGAGCAGGCCGAGAUCGAGGCCAAGCGCCGGGAGGUACAGAUCAUGUUGCGGCGGAACCGGCGCUACAUGGACAAGAUGGGAACCGCGUCUCUGGAGGCGGCAGUGGGCGCCGUGCCGACCCCGGCCCGCGCCCGGCGGCCGUCGCCCGCCCGUGGCGGUGUUGCCCCCGCGCUUGCGUCCGCGGGGUGCGGCGGCCGUGGCUGCGCCCCCAAGGCGCCGUCGGCGCCGCAGGCUGCGCCUGUGGGUGCGCCGACGCCCCCAGCUGCGCCGGUGGCGGCGGCCACCGCGGCGGCGCCCGCUGCCUCGUGCCCGGCUGACGCGCCCGCCUCCGCCACGCCAGCGCCCGUGCCAGUGGCCACGCCGCCGACGGAGUUGCCGGGCCCCGCGCCCGCUGCCUCGUGCCCGGCUGAAGCGCCCGCCUCCGCCACGCCAGCGCCCGUGCCAGUGGCCCCGCCGCCGACGGAGCUGCAGGGCCCCGCGCCCGCGUCGUCGCCGGUGGCCUUGGAACCGGCGCCGGAGUGCCCAGGGCCGGCGCCCUCGCCGGCACCGGCGCGCCGGCCGUCAGGGCGGGCCUCGGGAGGUGGACUGCAGGCGGCCGCGGCCGCGGCCCGGGAGCCCUCGCCGCUGGUGCGCGCGCUGCUGAAGGCGCCGCGGCCGCCAGCCUUGGACCUCCGACGCUGUGAUCUCAUAAAGCAUGACCUCCAAGGGUGA